CUCCCAGCCCCACUACAGCUGUUCCUUACAUGUCAGUGAAGUGCAUUGAUGUACGGAAAAACCACCACAAAACCAAGUGGCUGAUGCCCUGGGGACCCAACCACUGCGAGAAGCUCAAAGACUUCGACGAGGCGGUGAGCCGGCAGAUUGAAGCCAACGACAUCGUGUUUGCCGUACACAUUCCCCUGCCCAGCAAGGAGAUGAGCCCCUGGUUCCAGUUCAUGCUUUUCAUCAUGCAGCUGGACAUCGCGUUCAAGAUGGACAACGACCUAAAGGAAAAUGCAGAAAUUACGCUGGAUGUGUCAUUAGCAUAUCGUGAUGACAUGCUUGAAGAUUGGGAAGAAAUAGCACAUGCAAUAGAGAUCAGGAAGCUGAAAUGCACCUUUGGCUCACCGAAAACACUGGAGUCCGAAGGCCGUCACUACGACUGCGACUUCCUGCCCUUCAUGGAGAUUGGCAGCGUGGCCCACAAGUACUACCUCAUCAACAUCCGGCUCCCCGUGAAUGAGAGGAAGGGCAUUAACGUGGGCAUUGGGGAGAUCAAGGAUAUCCGCCUCGUGGGCAUCCAUCAGAACGGAGGCUUUACAAAAGUGUGGUUUGCCAUGAAGACCUUCCUCACCCCCAGCAUUUUAAUUAUCAUGAUCUGGUACUGGCGACGGAUCACACUGAUGACACGCGCUCCUGUGCUGCUGGAGAAGGUCAUCUUUGCCCUGGGGAUUUCCAUGACAUUCAUUAACAUCCCCGUGGAGUGGUUUUCCAUCGGAUUUGACUGGACUUGGAUGUUGCUCUUCGGAGACAUUCGACAAGGCAUUUUCUAUGCCAUGCUCCUGUCAUUCUGGAUCAUCUUCUGUGGGGAGCACAUGAUGGACCAGAACGAGCGGAACCGUCUCUCGGGGUACUGGAAGCAGGUUGGACCUAUAGCUGUUGGCUCCUUCUGCCUCUUCAUCUUCGACAUGUGUGAGAGGGGAGUGCAGCUGAAGAACCCUUUCUACAGCAUCUGGACCACUGAGGUUGGCACAGAGCUGGCUAUGGCCUUUAUUAUAGUUGCAGGAAUCUGCUUGUGUCUCUAUUUUCUCUUCCUGUGCUUUAUGGUCUUCCAAGUGUUCAGAAACAUCAGUGGAAAGCAGUCAAGCCUCCCAGCCAUGAGCAAGGCUCGCCGCCUCCACUACGAGGGGCUGAUUUUUAGGUUCAAGUUCCUGAUGCUCAUUACUCUGGCUUGCGCAGCAAUGACAGUCAUCUUCUUCAUCGUGAGCCAGGUGACUGAAGGCCAUUGGAAGUGGGGGGACAUAACGAUACAGGUGAACAGCGCCUUCUUCACCGGCAUCUAUGGGAUGUGGAACCUCUACGUCUUCGCUCUGAUGUUCCUCUACGCGCCAUCGCACAAGAAUUACGGUGAAGACCAGUCAAACGGUGACCUGGGAGUAAACAGUGGGGAAGAGCUUCAGCUCACCACCACCAUCACCCACGUGGACGGGCCUACGGAGGUUUACAAGCUGGCUCGCAAGGAGGCUCAGGAGUAACUCUGAGGU